AUGCUCGGGUCACGUGAUCUUCGGAAAACGCGGCGCCACAGCACAUGUGACAGUCUCAUCACAUCCUACAUUUGUGAAGCAUAUCCACCAUAUUUCUACAUUCAAUCUACUCAUACCUGGUUGCGCAUCUCCUUGAACCCAUUGGUGUCUUACAAUGGUACCAUGUCUGCUGAGUGGUACUGCAAGAGGGAUGGUGGCUAUUUGGCUCCCACCUUUGGACCCAAUGGGUUACCAACUAUGACCCCCGCUCUAUCUAUGGUUCUGGGUACCAAUGCAUCACUGGGAUUGUUUGCUUGUGGUUCUGAUGCAGCUUUGGAAGACUCAUGGCUCAUGUGUGGGGAUGAAGGAACCAGCAGCAGGAGCCGAGAAGAGGGAGGGUUUUAUUGUAAGACGCCCGGGUCCGUGGGAACCAGUGCACGCGACGCGUUCCCACGGUCUGGGGGCGCCCCGUCCGCCCAUCUGUCUGCCCGCAUUCGGAAGCUGAGCCGCCACCUGAACCUGAUGCGCCUCUGGGUGGUUUUCCUGGCGGCUGUCCUGCUGGUGGUGGUGGUGAUAAGCCGUCAGACGAUGCUCGGAGGCAUUUUGCAAGACACUCCGAGCUGGCUACUAGGCUUGCCCCUUGCCUGGCACCACCCCCAGCAGCAGCAGCAAUCGACCCCCACGGCCACGCCCACUCUGCCAGCCCCGCCCUCCGCGCCGCCGCCGCCUCCACAACGCACACAAAUAGGCGCCCCUGGCAUUCCGUUGUCGUCGCCUGAUCUGCAAAAUCACCUCCUCCACCACCGCCUUCACAAGGACCCUGAUGAUCUGUUCUCAGCCAGUGGUCACACCCUGCACCAGCAUCAACAGAACCACCAUCAUCAGGCAGCACCGGUGUCCCGUACUUAUCAGUACCGGAAAGUGAUGAAGCCGUUGUUGGAGCGGAAGAGGAGAGCGAGGAUCAACAGGUGUUUGGAUGAGCUUAAGGAGCUCAUGGUGACAGCAUUGCAGGCUGAGGGGGAGAAUGUUGCCAAACUGGAAAAGGCGGACGUGCUGGAGCUGACUGUGUCCCACUUGCGGAAGCUUCGCCGCCAGCAACAGACCCAUCAUUCAAAUCAAAAUCAGCAUCAACAGCAGCAGCAGCAGAGUGGAACAAACACCGCUGGCCAAUUGCUGACAAAUGGCGGCAAGAGCGACGAUGACGAGGAGGAGCGGUUCCGCGCGGGAUUCGCGAGAUGCGCCUCCGAGGUGUCCAGCUUCCUCGCGCGGCAUUGGUGCCCGCCCGGGGGAGCGGAGGCGGCGCCUGCGCUCAGCUCCCGCCUCCUCGGACACCUCGCCCACUGCGUCCGCAGCUUGCACUCGGUGGCAUGCGGAAGUGGCGGUAAUCCUACCGGGAGUGGUGUCAUGGCGCCUGCGGUGUCCUGGUUUCCGUCGUCAGAAGCGGUGGCGGCGGCAGCUGCUGCUGCUGCUGCGCAGGACACUCCCCUUUGCCUCGCACCCAAUUCCCGGUCCAUGUGGCGUCCGUGGUGACCAAUCAAAAAAACAUUAAACAAAUCUCGCGAGUGAUUUUAUUUUUCAGUAUUUAGAGGUGUAAUGUGAUAACCUUUCCCCCCACACCUGGAAACGUGUCAGAAUGGUGUUCCCGGAGCUCUUGAUAUUUAUUAUUAUUCUUCCAUUUUUGUGGCUAACGGAGACCCAGUCCAUUCUAAUAAGACACGGCUAAGUUUAAUGUGCUAUGCGUGAGACAUGUCCCGUAACUUUUCAUUCCAAAUCGAUCAAUUUAAAAAGUUGCUGAAGCUUAAAAUGCAGUAUCUACCAGAAUGGGCUCUUCAAAUUGGACAUAUGAACCAAAGCCUUCAUCAGACUGUGAUUUUCUUGUGUGUGCAUGAAGUAUGUUGCAAUGUCCAUAUUUCAAACAUUGUAAAAAUUAAAGAUGAAAUCCUCUACCAGCAAACUCAUAGGGACUCGUAAAAUUUUAUUACGGUAUCAAAUUCCUAACCGAAUUUCAACAUUUUCUUUUAUAAAUUCGGAGGUUCUGGACAAUUCAACAUUCUUGAACAGAAAGAUUAUGUUUUCCAGCAAAAUGCUCUAGUGAAAAUUGUUCUAAAGAUAUGCUGGAAAAAAGAUUCUCCAGCGAUGAUGAAUAUUAAAUUUCGAAGUGGAAAAAUCGUGAACAAGGAGAAAAAAUGAUAUUUUUUAAUCGUUCAAUGGAUCGGAGAAUUUCAUGAGAUAUUUUAGUACCGUCUCUUUGGACUAUAGACCAGUAAAUUUCAAAAAUCGUUUUUAAAUCCAAAAUGUGUCAUAUACAUUUGACUUGCAUGAAAUUUCGUUACAAAGGUUAGACUGCACUAACCGUAUAAUUUAGGGGAAUUGUGAAAAUUAACAGUGAAUUCUGAAAUCGAAAUGUGAGUGUAGAGUAUGAAAAGAAAUCUUUCCAUUGAAGAAGACAUUCCUGAAAACAGAUGAAAGUUGUGGGAUGAUUUUUUUUUCCCCUGUUGAUGAGUCUUAAUGUGAUCAAAUUUCCCGAGUAUGUAAGGUUAUCAUGUUACACCUGAAAGCCGGUGGAAUUCCCCAAAUUCAGUGGUGCUGGAAAUUUUCCAUCGGCCGCAGAUUUUGUCUUCUUUGUGCCACUGUUUUCGAUAGGUUUUUUUUAGAUCUCGUUCAUGGCAAAUUUAGUGACAUCAUUCCAUGGCUUUUGCUCGAUUUAUUGUGCGCUUCGAUGAUCAGACAUGUUGACGAGAAAUGCAAGUUUAAUAUCUGUUGAAGGCCAACAGGAAAAAAAAAACAAAAA